CCGCACUGUUUGACCCUUGCCGCUUGCCGUAUUCCACACACGGCGGGAUUGAAUUGAAGUAAGGAAGCCAAAAACGUCACAACAAUUUACCAUGUGAUUUUGUUUUGUUGGGUGGAAACACGGCAAAAUAACUGACCACAUUCUACAGGUCACACUCAAAGUGUCUCUCCGGGUUCGAGAUGUGCUCUCUGGCGUUGUUCCCCCCUCCACUGAGCUCUGGACAGACCACUCUGUGCGAGUCCAACAAUGAGCUGCUGUCUGGUACCACCACUGAAGACCGGCGGAAACAGGACUGUAGUCCUCUCAGUUUGUAUUUUCCAAGAGAGUCUCUGAAGCUGCACAGUCGCACAGAGAGCAGCAGCAAAGCGGCCUUCCUGGAUCACUCAGAGACUCUGUGGAUGAGGAGUGCAGCAGCAUGGAGGGAUGGUGGCUUCUCAGGGUUACUCACUGAAAUCACAAACUCACACACAGAAGUGCCUAAAUGGCUGUCAGUGAGCUCCGGUUGUAUCCUGGCAUUACUCCAGAGAGUCUCUUCUUUUCACAGCUCCCUGUUUCCACAUCUCACCUUGAGCAGUGAAAACAUGAUCGCUGAGUUUUCACAGGUCCUGAACUGGUCUGACUGUGUAGUGCGAGCCUUUGCAUGGCACACACACACGGAUAAGUUUGCUGUUGCCCUCUUGGACGACUCCAUUAAGAUCUACAACCCCAAAAGUGCAACAACUCCCACCCUGAAGCAUCGCCUGCAGAGGAGUGUUGCAGCGGUCCAGUGGAAGCCACUGUGUGCGUCUGCCCUCGCUGUCGCUUGUCAGAACUGUUUACUAGUCUGGCAUGUGGACCCCUGCUCACUGUCUACCAGGCCUUCCUCAGGCUGUGCUCAAGUCCUGUCUCAUCCUGGUCACUCUCCUGUCACUUCCAUCGCCUGGUCUCCGAGCGGCUCUCUCCUCGUGUCAGCCUCGCCCAUGGACACUGCAUUGAUGGUUUGGGAUGUAGCUUCAGAAAUCUGUGUGCCGCUCCAGCGAGUUGGAGGAGGCGGGGUCACCUUCCUGUCCUGGUCCCCUGAUGGGAGCCACGUCCUGGCCUCGACACCGUCAGCCUUGUUCAGGGUUUGGGAGACCAGAACGUGGACCUGUGAACGCUGGCCAUGUCUUAAAGGUCGCUGCCAGUCUGGCUGUUGGAGUCCAGACGGGAGUCGACUUCUCUUCUCCGUGCAGGGAGAGACGGUCAUCUAUGCUCUGACUUUCACUGAUGCUCCAGGAGUACCCACAUGCACAUCAGCUGGACCACAGGCAGCAGCAGUGGUGGCCGACCUAUCAGAGACAACCUUUAACACGCCAGAUGGAGACCUCAUUGUUGGAGGAGAGAUCCAGUCUUUAGCUUGGGACCCAACAGGAGAGAGACUUGCUGUGCUUCUCCAAGGUGAUUCUCAGGCAGCAGGCCGGCCCGCAGUCAUCGCUGUUUUUAAGACGAGAACCAACCCCAUUUUUGAACUCUUACCAUGCGGUUUUGUUCAAGGGGAGCCCGGGGCAGAGCCGAGACUGAUGCAGUUCCGCCCAAAUUUUGAGCAUGGAGCUCUGCUCACUGUGUGCUGGUCCAGUGGAAGAAUUACACACGUGCCUUUUUACUUCCUGAGCACCGGCGUCCCUCAGUACGGCCUGAGUGGCAGCCCGUCUGUGCCACGACCUCAAGCAAGACCUGCGGACUUCGCCAAUCAGUCGCUUUUUACAGAGCUCCUCUCUUGACCAACCCUCACCCAAACAUCAUGUGCAGACUAUUCACUUUUCACAUCUUGGAUUAUUAAUAAAUGUGCAAAAGCUCAUGUUACACUAAGACUUAUUUCUAUUGCAAUACAGGGAUUAGCCAACUUACUAAUACUGGACUAUUUUAAUUUUGUAUAGCUCUUUACAGACAGUUUAAACCUAAGGCCUACAUUACCUACAAUGCAACUAUGCAGAAAACGAUGUUGUCAGAGAUCAGAUCAAUAUGCUAUAAGGUGUGUAGCCUUAAGAAUACUUAUGUUCAGAUAAAGGACUGUAUGGACGUAGUAUCCGUGACGUCACCCAUCUGUUUCUGAAGCCCUAUUGCUGCUAGCGAGCAUUGUGACGUAAAGAGGCGGGGCUUUGAACCUCCUAGCCAACAGCUACAGUGUUCCCGACUUGCCUGUCAAUCAAGUCAGCUUGGCCUCUCAUUGGAAGACUCUUAAUCUCAAUAUCUUCGAAAUUGCCACCUUAGAAAAAAUCUCAUCCCCCGCACAGUGUGUGCCGAUCGAGAAAUGAGCUAUCCAGACUACACUCGUCUUUUGUACCAGGCUGUAAACGUGUUUAUUUCUGCUGUAAAGAUCGUCUUUUUUGAAUUGGUGUGUAUGUGGUUUCCGGUACUUCCGGAGCCAGCCUCAAGCGGAUCCUUGAUGAACUGCAGUUUUUAGCACUUCCACAUUGGACUCAUAUUUUUAGACCGGAGGUUGCCGCCUGGUUAAGCCACAUUCACUCUCAGCUGUCAUCUCUUGGAGCGAUGUGUUUGAGUCUUUGCACCCCAAUUUGAAGCCAUGAAACAAGUUUUUCCUCUAGUUUUGUACGAAAUCUUAUGUAUUUAAUUGUCAGAGGAUGUCCCAAACCCUUACUUUUGGACGUUUUUAGCUAAUAAAGUAACAUCUAAAUUUAAA